CCAGCGACAGCUCUGUGUACUCCAGGCUUGCGCUUAGCGCUCCAGGUGCAUUUCUCCGCUCAGCCGGGCUCCUGGCCAUGGCGUCCUCAGAGGCCGGCGGGGUGGUGAUCGUUGGCAGCGGACUCAUUGGGCGAAACUGGGCUAUGUUGUUUGCCAGUGGAGGCUUCAAGGUGAAACUCUAUGAUAUUGAACAACAGCAGAUAACGAAUGCCUUGGAAAACAUCAGAAAGGAGAUGAAGUUGCUGGAGAAGUCUGAUGCCCUGAAAGGUUCUCUGAGUGCAGAGCAGCAGCUGUCCCUAAUCAGCGGCUGCACCACCUUGGCACAGGCAGUAGAGGGCGCUGUACACAUUCAGGAAUGUGUUCCAGAAAACCUGGAAUUGAAGAAGAAGAUUUUUGCCCAGCUAGAUCGCAUUGUGGAUGAUAAAGUUGUCUUGAGCAGUUCCAGUUCUUGCCUUAUGCCUUCCAAGUUGUUUGUGGGUUUGGCACAUGUGAAGCAAUGCAUUGUGGCUCAUCCCGUGAAUCCACCAUAUUAUGUUCCACUGGUGGAGCUGAUCCCUCACCCUGAGACAGCUCCAGCGACAAUGGACCGAACCCAUGCCCUCAUGAGGAAGAUUGGACAGUCCCCAGUGCGGGUCCUGAAGGAGAUUGAUGGCUUCGUCCUAAACCGCCUGCAGUAUGCAAUUAUCAGUGAGGCCUGGAGGCUGGUGGAGGAAGGAAUAGUGUCUCCUAGUGACGUGGACCUGGUUAUGUCAGAUGGGCUGGGCAUGCGGUAUGCAUUCAUUGGACCCUUGGAAACGAUGCACCUGAACGCCGAAGGUGUGGUGAGCUACUGUGACAGAUACAGUGAAGGUAUGAAACGUGUCCUGAAGACUUUUGGACCCAUUCCAGAAUUUUCCAGGGCCACAGUGGAGAAAGUUAACCAGGACAUGUGUCUGAAAGUUCCUGAUGACCCAGAACACUUAGCAGCCAGGAGACAGUGGAGGGAUGACUGUCUCAUGAGGCUUGCCAAGUUGAAAAACCAGGUGCAGCCCCAGUGAGUUUCUUGAGAUGUUACUGCCACUCCUUCAUUAAAAGCCU